GGGCCGUUGGGCGGGGCGAGGCGGCGGCCGGGGCUCCGGCUGGCCGGGCGAGGCGGGGCUUGCUGCCACCCGCUCGGUAUGUGGCAUGGGUCGGGUCGGCCGGGUCGGCGCAGGGAGCGGAUGGAGGUAGCAGGGGUUGAAAUGACAUAGAGAAGUCUUCAAAGCGCUGACUGCGAAAUGAGCUCCUUCCACUGCAUGCUGAAAGGAGGUAAAUUGAAAUUCCAGGAAUGAUCGAUCAGCUCAUUGGCAAGUUACAGGAAAACCACAGACAAGGCAACUAAAUAAAAACUAUGAUAUGAGUGCUUUGUCAGAUGAACUGUCCAAAAGAAGUACGUACUCAGAAGCUGUUACAUUGAAGCGUUGAACUCUGCUUUGUGUUUCCCUCCCUACUACCCCGACACAUCUGCAUAUGAAAUGUUUCAAAAGAAGGAGCUGGUGUGGCUUAUUUGUCACUAAAGUGAUCUACACUGGAUAUAAAACAAAAGAUGACAUCUACGUUUUUGCUUAUUGGCUGUCUCAUUCUAUUGAUACCUCUGCUCAGUGCUGAAGAAUGCAUUAUUUGUGAUUACUUUGUACUUGUUGGAGAGCCUACAGCUGUUAGUUGCCCAAUAUUUAUAUCACCAGCGCUUCAAUCUGAUUACAAUCUGACGUGGUAUAAAAAUGGUAGUGCUACACCAGUAACCACAGAGAGAUGGGCCAGGAUCCAUCAGCGAGAGGACUUGCUGUGGUUUAUUCCUGCAGCGCUGGAAGAUUCUGGACUUUAUGAAUGUGAUGUAAGGAGCCUUAACCACUCUAACAAAAAAACUGUAAAUUUAGCAGUUUUUAAGAACGAUAACGGUUUGUGUUUUAAUGGAAAAAUGAAGUUUGAACAAAAAGUGAUGAGCGGAAAUACUGGAAAGAUAACAUGUCCUGAUCUAGAACAUUUUAAAGAUGAAGACAAUAAUCAGCCUGAAGUACACUGGUAUAAGGAGUGUAAGCCUGGAUUUCUUGAAGACAAGCGACUUCUUUUGGCAGAGGGUGAAAAUGCUGUCUUGAUUCGCAAUGUAACCGUACAAGAUAGAGGAAACUACACAUGCCGUAUGGUGUACACAUAUAUGGGAAAACAAUAUAAUGUUUCACGAACCAUGAGUCUAGAGGUUAAAGAAAGACCACUGCAGAUGAGGCCAGAGUUUAUUUAUCCAAAGAAUAAUACAGUUGAAGUAGAACUUGGUUCUCAUGUAGUUAUGGAAUGUAAUAUAUCAAGUGGCAUAAAUGGCUUGAUUCCAUUCUGGCAAGUUAACGAUGAGGAUGUUGAUAUCUUUGAUAGCACCUACAGGGAACAGUAUUAUGAUUUCUCUACAGAUGUUUACUUUUUACCAUUUUUUAAUGACAGAGAGGGGAUGCCUCAUGGACUUGCUGUAUCUGGAACAAAAUUUAACAUUUCAGAAGUGAAAGUAAAGGAUUAUGCUCAUAAAUUUUUCUGUCACUUCAUAUAUGGUUCUCAACAAUUUACAGCCUACGUCAAAUUGGAAAGCCCAGCUCAGAACAUUCAAGGUUACUUAAUUGGAGGAGGAGUUUCCGUGGUCUUUUUUGUAUUUUUUGCUCUCUUUAUCUACAAGAUCUUCAAAAUUGAUAUUGUGCUUUGGUAUCGGGACUCCUGCCAUCUUUUCCUGGGUAAAAAAGUUUCAGAUGGGAAGAUCUAUGAUGCUUAUGUUGUGUAUCCAAAAAACAGAGAAAGCUGCUUGUAUUCAUCAGAUAUUUUUGCUCUGAAGAUACUACCAGAGGUCUUAGAAAGACAGUGUGGAUAUAACCUCUUCAUAUUUGGAAGGGAUGAUUUACCAGGAGAAGCUGUGAUCAGCAUCGCUGAUGAAAAAAUCCAUCAGAGUAGAAGAGUGAUCAUUGUUUUAGUACCAGAACCCUCCCGUUACAGUAUUCUAGAAGAUGUAUCUGAAAAGCAGCUAGCCAUGUAUAAUGCUCUUAUCCAAGAUGGCAUUAAAGUAAUUCUUAUUGAACUGGAAAAAAUACAGGAUUAUGCAACCAUGCCAGAAUCCAUCAAGUAUGUUAAGCAAAAGCAUGGGGCAAUCCGAUGGAAAGGGGACUUCUCAGAAAGGUCUCACUCGGCAAGUACCAGAUUCUGGAAGAAAGUGCGCUACCACAUGCCGUCCAGAAAAAAUGGAUCUUCAUCAGGACUGCAUUUGUUACCAAAAGACUUUAAUUCUCCCUAAAUAGCAAAAGAAGAAUGACACUUAAUGACUAAUUCCGUUCACAUAGUUGGUGGUGGAUUGAUUGAAGGUCACAUUUAUCUGUUUUGUGCAGACAAUCUUACUCAGAUUUUCUGGACCGAAGGUACUACAACUUCAUCUACAGAUGUGAACCAUUUUUUUUCUUCUGUCCAGAUCAACAGAAUGCUUUGAAAUGCCGUCAGUAGCACAGAGAUGACAUGGAUACCAUGUAGGAAGUACAUGAAGCCUUUUCCAAGAAUUGCACUGCGAUUUGGUGGAAUUCUUUUGGGAUUAGAAAUGAAAGGGGAGAAAAACUAUCAAACACCCCCCCCCCCCCCCCCAAAAAAAGGGCAACACCCUUGGAUUUUUUUACAGUUAAAGUUUGAAUAUGAAGGGAACUGUAUUAAUUACAAUUGUGAUAUUAUGUAAUGGGGAUGGUUGAUGCCAGUAAGUGGGUUUAUUUCAAUUUGUUUAAUGAAAGGACACAAAACUAUUCUUUGUUAGAAGUUCGUUACUUGCCUCGUUCAGUUUGCUGAAAGAUAAAUCCCUUUGCAUUACUGCAUCAUUGUGUUACCGUCCAAGAGUAAAGGUAAGAGACAAGCCCAGCCCGCUCAAAGUGCUAUUGAACCUGACAAAGUAUAAAUAUUCUUCCCUGAUCUUGUUGACAUUGUAAAGAACUGUACCAUUUUUAGUCAGUUGUCCCAUGCAGGCAGCAUGAAAAUGCCACUUUAAUCUAUGUUGAGUCAAAAAAUUAAUCUCUAGAGGAUUUCACACUCACACCCCUUCAUCCCCUCCCCCCCAGUUAAGUGGCUUAAUAUAUUUGUUCUUAUUUUACCCAAAUGGAACAAGUGGCUUAAUGAUACAGACUGUCUUGUGGGGAGUACAGGAUGGUUGGCUUCAUCUGCCUUACCUUAAGGAUCAGAUCAAGGCGCUGCAGGGCACCCACUUCUCGUAGGUUGCUGUUGCUGAAGGAAAGCAAGUUUUCUCUCCUGUUUCCAGCCAAUGAGCAAGCUCCAGCAUUUGUCAGCUCUGAAAGCUGAAGCUGGCUGAACCAGCUAAUGGGAUAGAAACUGUUCUUUUCCUUGGUAUAGUUUUAACCCUGAUUAGUGAGUUUAUCUGGUUCCUGGAGGGUUCAGGGUGCAAUGAGAAAAGAAAAGGGCUGGUAGUACCAUGUAUUUUGGCUCCAGUUGUGUUUAGAAAAUAGAGCUAAAAUUGUUGCUCAGUACUCUUUAAAGUGAGAGAGGUGCUCUGUGUUGCCCCCUGCAGCUGCUUGCUUUUCUUCUUUCCCUCUGCCCUGAUACAAGGAAUCCAAGGUGACCGUGUACUGAAUUUGGCUGGGGCUGGAUGAAGUGGGGCUGGAGCUGCAGCUUCCAAAGAGCUGUUUGGGAAAGGAAGUUGUUAAAACUUAGUGUGCAUAUUGAGUGUAACUAAUGAUGUACUUUCAAUUCUUUUUGGGGGUGAGGGAAUUGACUGAUUUUAAACAGAUUUGAUAAUUCUUUUAAUAUGGCCUAUCUUUUUCCAUACAGCUCCCUUGUCUUGGAACAAGCAACUUACUGUUGAGUCAAACUCCAUCACUGUCCAAACUGUCCUUGAAGGCUGUUGCUAAUACAGUAUUAGGCAGAAAUUUUCCCUUUGAGUCGGUCCUUUGAUAUUUCCACUUUUUCAUCUGAAAAAAAUAAUGCUCUGCAUCCUUCAGAAUUCGUCUAUUCAUUUUGACACUGCAGUGUUGGCUUUUUCUUCUUUCAUGGCUCAAGCAUUUAUCAUCUUAUGCCUCCAUCCUCAACCAAACAAGACUGAAAGUGUGAGAUGCCAUCCCGCAGAAGAACUGCCUAGUGAAUGUCGGAUGGUGUGACCUUCAUGUUCUGCCUGAUAAGUGACAAAGCCAGUGGAAAUAGGUUCCUCUCCUGCCUAAAGUGCUUUGGUUACCUCGGUGCGUGCUGGAAAACUUGAAACUCUGCUUCUGAGAGACAGUGCCGCCUUAGCUUUGUGAGUUGAGUGUGUGUUUGGCAAGAAUGGAAUAAGAAUCUCUUCAUUUCAGGAUAGGAGGGGGAAAUACGCAUUUGAAACAUCAGACUUUCAAACUGUCACGGUACUGGAGUGUUUUGUUGAUGAAUGUCAUGUAUGUAUAUUCAAGCACAUGCUUGUAUUCUGGUCUCAUUCUGUAUUUUGGUCAAGGUGGGAGUGUCAAGGGAGGAUCAGUUCCAGUCAUGAAGUGCCACAUUCAUGUAGCUGUCACACACAGCUUUUAAACAUGGUGUGUAUUCUGUGACAGCCUGUUGUGGGGUAAAGAGCCUUGAGAUACAUCUGAAGUUUCUGAGAUCCAUCUGAGCAAGGCUAAUUGUUUUGGUUCUCAGUGAUAGAAGAACUUAGUAGAACAGAAGCUGUAUGGUUUGGUCACAGACCUCUCCUGUAAGAAGAUACCUAUAUCAAAUGUGAAGACUAGACCCUAGAAGUACUGUAUUUGUACUCUGAGAACUAGGCUAUAAUACUAACUUUACACUUCCACAUUGACAGCUCACACUACACAGGCCAGCCAACAGAGUUCCAGUGACCUUGGGCCUCCUGAAUUAUUUUUACUGGCUGGAAUAGACUGAAUGAAAAACUGCUACUUGCUAUCCCUAACUCUAGAGAUGGGAAAGUUAUUUUACUGAGCCAAAACACUGUUGUUUUUUUUUUUUAAAAACAAAACUUGUUCCUUUUGAUAUAUUUAUACAAAUGAUGUUAAAAUUUUCAUGUGUGUUAAGUAAAGGCAAUUUGAAGAAAGGUAAUUUUUUAAUUCAUUAAAAGCACUACAUAUUUCUUUCCCACUGCA